UUGCCGGACCGCUCCAUUGCCCUUCGCUCUUGACGUGUUGCGUGUGUGACGUGUGUGUGUGCGUUUAUGCAGCCUGUAGCUGCGUCGUGUCUAAAGAUUGAACGGUGCCGGUUGAAGCUUUCGGGCGCAAAUGCUGGCUGAAGUGGCUGUUUAUCGAGCAUGUUUGGAUUGUUGCACUUCUGCUGAUUGGCUGUUUGCGGGAGGGAGAACAUCUCGGAUGGGACAUGAGCAGACUCAGUCGCCAUGGAAACCACUAAGUGGCUUACCUCACGCAAAGCUACUUUCUGCAGAGGACGCGCACAACAGCGCCCCUCAGUGGUGUGGAGGGGCGGUGGCAGCAAUCAACACGUCAUGGCGCUGACGUACCUGGACCGCGUGGUCUACGAGAUCAUCGAGACCGAGAGGACGUACGUGAGCGAUCUGCGGAUGAUUGUGGAGGACUACCUGGCGCACAUCAUCGACCAGGCGGACCUGAGCAUCCGCCCGGAGCAGGUCGGCUUCCUCUUCGGGAACAUCGAGGACAUUUACGAGUUCAACAGCGAGCUGCUUCAGGAUCUGGACCUGUGCCAGCGUGACGCCGUGGCGCUGGCCCAGUGCUUUGUGAUGAAGAGCGACUCCUUCGACAUCUACACUCAGUACUGCACCAACUACCCAAACUCGGUGGCGGCGCUGACCGACUGCAUGCAGGACAAAAGUCUGGCCGUCUUCUUCUGCGACCGCCAGGCCGCCUUGAAGCGACCGCUGCCUUUGGGUUCCUACCUGCUCAAACCCGUUCAGAGGAUCCUCAAGUACCACCUGCUGCUUCAGGAAAUUGCCAAGCACUUUGACCCCGAAGAGGAAGGCUACGAGGUGGUGGAGGAGGCCAUCGUCACCAUGACGGGCGUGGCCUGGUACAUCAACGACAUGAAGCGCAAACACGAGCACGCCGUCAGACUGCAGGAGGUGCAGUCGCUCCUGCUGAACUGGAAAGGUCCGGACCUGACCACGUACGGCGAGCUGGUCCUGGAGGGAACCUUCAAGGUCUACCGGGCCAAAACCGAGCGCACGCUCUUCCUGUUGGAGCGCGUGCUGCUCAUCACCAAACGGCGCGGCGAGCACUUUGUCUACAAGUUGCUCAUCUCGUGCUCCACGUUGAUGCUGAUAGAGAGCACCAAAGACAGUUUGAGCUUCAGCGUGACUCACUACAAACAACCCAAGCAACCGCUCACCUUGCAGGCCAAGUCUGUGGAGGAGAAGAAGAUGUGGGCCCAGCAUAUCAAACGCAUCAUUCUGGAAAACCAUCACGCCAUCAUCCCGCAGAAGGCCAAAGACAUCAUCUUGAAUGCCAGAUAUCCUCGCCGGUAUCGUCCUGACAGGCUCAAGAAAGCUUUGUCCUGUUCGUCAGACGAGUUUCCGCAACUGCCCUCAGCAGGUCAACACACAAACACACAAGUGGGCGUGGUUUCCAAGGAGACCGAGAGAAGCGACGUUUCCUUCAAUGAUUCCAACGAGGAAAGCGGGCUGGGAGAAGACGAGGAGCCCGGAGGACCCGAAGCAGCUUCUCAGCGGAUGUCCACAGAACCUGUCGAGUGGCGUCCAUUGUCUGAGCGAGAGGAGCUGAAACCCGCCCAACUCCUCCUGCGUGCAAAAGGCUCGCCGUCCACGACUCCAGAGUCGCAAUCCAAACCCGGAAGCAGCGGAGAAUCCUCCGAAGACGAGGACGGCGAGAAAGAAGCGGACAGAAACGGCAGCAUCCUUCCUCCGUCCGUUUUAGAUAAAGCGGGCGCCAUCGCUCAGCACUUCAGCAGCAUUAAGCGAGGCGCCCCGCCCGCGGACGAUGUCGGCUCCCCGGGGGCGUCGCCACGGUUACUUGUCACCGGGCGCCUCAGUUUCAACGGAAGACACGCCGGACGCUCUUCGCCGCUCAGCAGCGUCUCCUCGGAUCUGAGCGAAACCGACCGGAUGCUCUUGUCUCCGCGAGGCGACGAGGAAAGAGGAAACCUGGGAAGGCGAGACUCCAUCCUCUCCAGCCGCGACCAACUUCUCAUCGGGAAGAUCAAGACUUACUACGAGAACGCCGAGAACGAGGACGCCGGCUUCAGCCUCCGGCGCAGGGAGAGUCUGACUUACAUCCCGCCAGGCGUGGUCAAAACCUCCAUCACCCGCCUCAACAGCCUCCCCAACCGGAAGGACCCUUUGCCCCCAUCUGUGGAGACACGGUCACUCUCGCUAAAAGGUCACAUGGUCUCCACUGACUCUUCUGAUGGUCCAAAGGUCACUCAGAGAAACGCAAAUCCGACAGAUUCCGGGGUCGUCGCCAAUGAGUUCUCCAGGUCCGGACCGGACGGGCAACAGAACGCAGAGGAUGAAGAGUUCCGACCUUCUAGCGAAAUGGUCAAAGUCUGGCAGGUGAUGGAGCAGCAGCUCGGUGGGACUUCCGGCCAUGCUCGAUUUAAAGCGGAAGGAGCCAAACUGGAUCCGGACACCAUUUCUCAGGAGGCCACCCUGACUUCACCCCUCAACAAAGCCAACAGCAUGAGCUCCGCGGGAAGUCCGACCGUUCCUCCCGGCGUUCUCGGAGCUCAGCUUCCUCGAGGCGAAAAUCUGCCGGACGACAAAGUGGACAGCAAGGUCCGCAAACUCGCUCGUCGGUACAGCCAGCGGAUCAAAACGGUUAAACCGCCCGACAGACAGCGAAGUUGCGGAAAUCUAAUGGGCAAGACUUUGACGUGCGUGCUGGAGGAAGAACCGUGCAGCGGUCCCAGUCCAAAUCUGGAGCCGGUGCUAGCACAGAGUCCUGAGCCCAAUCCAGCUAGGAUUCGCUCCCACGGUCCCGCUGGCGCUCCGCAGGCCACCGAAGGCUUUCACUGGCCCGAUGUGCGAGAACUUAGGUCAAAGUACUCGGACAGGAGUGGUUUCGCCACGGUGGGCCGGAGUUCCUCCAUCCCGGAGCAGAUGUUUGAUGUCCGGUCAAGGUCGAGUUCCGUGACUGACGCCCCGCCUCGUCGGUCCUACCCCACCUGGACCACUGGCCACCUUAGACACCGCAACGCCAUCCACAGAGCUCGUUCCCUGGACCCUUGGAUGACUGGAGACCUUGCACGCGAAACCCGAGAGCAGCGGGCAGCUAACGGCGUCAGUGACCCCGUCGCGGCCCCGACACCACAAGAAAAGCUAACCGGGAAGCCGCAGCUUUCACCGGAAUCAGAAGCGGGUGAGACAAUCGACGACGACGCUUACGUGGAGAUCCGAUCGCCGACGAGUCGGGAGAAAAUCUCCAUUCUGGCCGUCAUGGACCGCUGCCGAGCCUACCAGGAGUCGGACGAAUACAAACAGAGAAGCCAACCUGCCAAGUCUCAAGACAGCUUCAAGACCACUGGAGAGCAUUUCCAAACCGCCGGAGACCACCCUAAAACUCCGCCGUCCGGACAACGGAACUUCGUGAAAAAUCUCAGGGAAAAGUUCCAGAAGCUCAACUCCUAAAUCCACUCCAGUAGAAAAUUCAGAUGGACUAUUGAACGCCAUAUCCGACUCGUGUACUAGAUUGUCCAUGUCCUCGUAUACUCUUAAUCUUCUCUGGAUGUACUGUGAACGAAGGCCAGCAGAGUCCUGUUUCCAUGGAAACAGCAAACAAAUACAUUAACGCCAUUUAAGGUCAUCACUUUUAUUUUCUUAUGCAAAUUUUUAUACUGAUAGAUUCACCACAUUAGAUUAGUUUGAGUGAUAUUUAAAUGUUAUAACGUCAUCAUGGCUAUUUUUGGUCAACUUUUGACAAAUAAAACUGACUUCGCCUCCA